AUGAGCUUGAAGAAGAGGAACUUGAAGAAGAGGAGGGAACUUCGAAUGAGAAAGAAGAGAGUAUUAUUUUAAAAGCUACUUUAGUACAACAAUUAACUACACGAUAUUUAAAGUCACGAAUAUACUAUAUAGUAAAAUUAAAGCAUUAG